AUGAGUUUCAUACGACGAAUGACCCCGACUGACCUUUUCUCCCUCAACCUCACAAACCUCGAUCCGUUGACGGAAAACUAUGACUUGGGUUUCUACCUCAAUUACAUGAUGCGAUGGCCGUCGCUCUUUAGCGUCGUCCAAGAUCGCAGCGAAGGCAUUGUCGGUUACAUUAUGGGAAAACUAGAGGAACAACACCCCUCCAUGCGACAAUCUGAACACUACACCCCCUGGCACGGCCAUAUCACUGUCCUGACAGUGGCGCCUGCAUGGCGCAGAUUGGGUCAUGCGCGUCGACUCACGGAACGGUUGGAGAUAGGAUCAGAUAUCAAUAAUUCUUGGUUCGUCGAUUUAUACGUGAGAGCGGGGAAUAAAAUAGCAGUGGAUAUGUAUAAGGGGAUGGGGUACUCCGUCUUCCGGCGUGUUGUCAAUUAUUACAGCGAUGAUCCCACGGGAUUCUCCGAGUCAGGAGAAGAUGCGUUCGACAUGCGCAAGCCAUGCAGUCGGGAUAAGAAUCUGGAACAUAUACGAGAAAACGGCGAGGACUUCCCUGUUAGUCCAGAAGAUGUGUAUUAGCAUCAGUGGUUUGAUGACCAGCUAUCUUGGAAUGAUUUAGAAUGCGUGGAUAUACUGCGAAAAGUGUUGAUUUAGCAUUGGAGGUUUGGAGUUAAUGAACUUGUUUCCUACCUAAAAUAAUUUCUAUACAUUACCUACCUUCACUAGAUAGAAGAAAUUCAUAGUAGUUGC